UUCGGUGUCGGUGUGGAGGGUGCCGUCCGACAGUCCUGACUUGACGGGCAGACGUCGAUACAACCUAACCCCAUCAAGGUCGAAAUCUCAAAUUUUUGCGCAGACUAGACAGACUGCGAAAGGAAACAUUGGGUGUAUCGGGAUUCUGUAGAUUUUUCACUGCCUCAUAUUUACAGAUAUUCAUCAGCAAUAAUGGCUGCUGUGAAUUUGGCUGAAAUGAAAUCAGAGGAGUUCAAAGAGUUCUUGAAUUCUUUUGACACUGUACUUACAGACUGUGAUGGUGUGUUAUGGAUCUGGUCAGAAACCAUCGCAGGGUCACCGCAGGCUAUUAACAGACUGAAGGAAAUAGGGAAGAAAAUAUUUUAUGUGACCAACAACAGCACCAAAACUCGGGAAGAAUUGUACAAAAAGUCUCAAGAUAUGGGAUUUCAUUCAAAUAAAGAAGAAGUUGUGAGCACUGCAUAUCUGGCUGCCAAGUAUCUUCAAGAGCAGGGUUUCAAAGACAAAGUCUAUGUCAUUGGUUCAACUGGAAUCACACAAGAAAUGGAUAUGGUGGGGAUUAAACACACUGAUAUUGGACCUGAUCCUAUGCCAGGCGCUCUUACACAACUUAUUAGCCAGAAGUUGGAUCCUGAAGUGAAAGCUGUUGUUGUAGGGUUUGAUGAACACUUCAGCUAUCCAAAAAUGUUGAAGGCUGCAAGCUAUCUUGCUCGUAAAGAUUGCUUAUUUGUUGCAACCAACACUGAUGAGCAAUUCCCCAUGAACACUGAUCUGAUCAUACCUGGUACUGGAAGUAUAGUGCGAGCUGUGGAAACAUGUGGAGCAAGAAGUGCGUUUGUUGUAGGAAAGCCACAUUCUUACAUAAGUGAUUUCCUUGUUAAGACUCACAAAAUUGACCCAAAGAGGACCAUAAUGAUUGGUGACAGGUGUAACACUGACAUACUCCUGGGAAAGCGGUGUGGCUUCAGGACCCUUUUGGUGCUAAGUGGUGUAUCCACACUUCAAGAAAUAAAUUCAUGGAAAGAGUCAAAAGAUGAGGAGCUGAAGAAUCUGGUGCCUGAUUAUUACAUUGGCAAACUUGGAGAGCUUUUACCAAGGCUGGAAUGAAUUAUUUAGAGGGGAAUGUUAGAGUCGAGAGGCAACAAUAACAGCAAUUGACACUCAAGUUGUUGAGAUGGCAACUUACUAUAUUUAUCACAUGACAAAUGUGUCCCUUUGUUUUAUCCAACAAUCUCAGGUCUUGUCCAGCAUCUUAGCGCAUUUAAGUAGUUUCACAUCAAGUAUUUUUCUACAUUGUUUGUUUUAUUGGCUCCUUGGUUGAAAUUUGUUAAGGGAGUUCAGUGUUCUGUCCUAAAUAGGAUUGAUCAAUAACUCUCAGUUGGUUUUGGUCCUGUUUAAAGCUCAGUGUCUUUUUUUUUUCAACUUUCUAUGAACCAGGGUACAUUAACUAGAAAUUAAAAUUUGUUAAUUAUACAUACUUUCUUCUAAAACCAUGAAGAAAAAUGAAUAAGUUUGUAUCAUGAACUCUAGCAUUUUCUUGUUGGGAUAUUGGUGUACCUUAAGUAACUAUUAAAAUAUUUGCCACAUUGCA